CUGAAGAUUCGAGGACUGCCGAAGCUUCCCUUAGCCCACAUAAAUGAUAGCCCGCAUCUGCAGUUACAAGCAUAAAUCAUCCAGCCAAUCAAUCAUUCAAAGCUCAAGCGAUCCAGCUAACGCGGUGAGGGGAUGGGGACGACGCGCUCCAGCAGUUCAGAGAUGGCAAGCGGUCAACUGCCUUGAACCCUGGAUUGGAUUACUUGCCAUACCUCAUAAUUCAUUGCUACCAUCUUCCCCUCCCUCCUCAUCACUUACCUUCCCUUGGUGGUAACAUAUACUUCACCUUAUUCCUCUUAACUCAGCCCCAAUCUCUUGCCCCUCCUCUUCACAGAACAGCCGCAUCUCACAAGACCUCGUUUACCACAGACAACCUACGGUAUCCAUCACCCAGAAGUAGCAGACAUGGAACGAGCCUCCCUUGCCGGCAUGCCGCAAGAGCUCUUCGACGAUGUGUGUUCGCACCUCUCGCAGCACACCCUGACUAAGCUCGCCCGGGCCAGCAAGACCAUCAACCGCAAGGUUCAGAACCCACUAUACUACCAUUGUGUUGUUCGAGACUUCAGACGGCUGGCACUGUUUGUGCGGACCAUGAGCGACGCGGCGCAGUGUGACAGGCGCGGAGAUGUGUUCAGCAAGAACCUCUACGACCUGCGUCUGAUCUUAGAUCCGAGCGUGGAGGAGGGAAACCGUGCGACUGCAGUGGUCUUGGGUAGGAUGAUAUCCAGUGUUGCUAGGUACUGUCCGAAAAUCCGAACUCACCUGGUCCUCAAAAAUGCUACGUGCAAUAGCCAGCCAAUCUCUUCGUUCUCGAUAGAAACUUUCCCCCGCGUCAUCUCUUUGAUCCUCCACACCAGUGAGGGUGUACGGGCUUCGGGGUCACAGCGACAGAGGACCCAGGCAGUUGUUUACAACAGCAGGGUGGCCCGGAUGGGCCAUCACAGGGACGGAUCGAAUACUAGCUGCAGGCCGCGUGCAGAAUUUUGGACGGGAAUAUUCAACGGCACGAGCUUUCCGCACCUGGAGGAGGUUGAAAUAAUCCAUGAACGCAGUGGAUUUUUCUACAGUGAUGUGGUUAUUGAGGCCGGCGAAUUGAAGGGUCUGCAGAACAUCAGAAGGCUGGCCGUCAAGUGGGCGCCGGAACUCAAUUCCUCGGUCCUCACGUCAGCGCUCCGGUGCGCUCCGAACCUGACACAUUUGGAGCUGAAAUUCAUCAGUGGGCUGGAGUACUCCGAUCUGACCAAGCUGAUCCAGUUCGCGCUGCCCAAUCUGAAGAAUUUCACGCUGUGGGUAUGGCCGGAUCACGAUUCUGCGCGAAAGCAUCGCGAGGACCUGCGUUACGUGGACCCUCUGCAACCUUCCAACCCCGCCGGGAAGCCCGUCCAUCUCUGCCCGCUCUUCCGCGACUUCGGAAAGAACACGCCGCACUUCGACAUCUUCCUGCCCUUCGUUUGCCGCGAGCUGUUCCUCACCGUCGCCGAACGCAUCAAGAUUGCAGACGCCGACAUCAGCUUCACUGUGGGCACCCGCGACGGCGGCAAGUCCCCCGUCGACAAGCUGGACGCCGCCGCCAUCGCCGCCGUCGUCAAGGAGCACCGCAAACUCGUCGAACAGGCGCGGUUCCAGGCGGCUGUCAAGGAGAACAUGGCGGCCGCUAGGAAGGAGGGGAAGGACAAGCUUGUCACGCUGGCAGAAUACGACGUCAACCAGACCAAUCUCAAGCGCGAGCGCACGAUCAAGAGCGAGAAGUGGAAGCGAACUGUCCGCUGCGGAAAGCGCCUCUGCAGGAGCUACGAGAGCUGGGAGGAAAUGGGGGUGCUCGCGGGGCUCGAGGAGAAGAAUACCACCUGGGUUUUGGGACAUGAGAGACUAGACACGGCGGCAGUCUUCACUGGCGGCUCACCUUUCCCCACCGGCGAGAAGAGCUACGAUCAGCAGUUCCCCAUGCAGAACGACUCCGACUGCGCCGCUAGAAUUACUGCGCUGCGCGUUGGCGGCCGUGAUCAUGGCAUCGAUUUCAACGAGCACGCGCACUGAUACGGGAUCUCGCGCCUUGUCGCGCCCGGGAGUACUGACGACUUUUAUGACGUUAUGACGCUUUUUGUGUACUGGCACGGAAGGUUUGGCUGGUUGGUUAGCUGGUUCUUUGGGCGGGUGGGGUUGGGCGGUGUUGAUAGUGCGAUUGUCUUUUUUUUUUCCUUCUCUUUGCUUUGCUCUACUCUACUUGGGCGGUUAUGUUGGUACCGCGUGUGUGUACUUCUUUUUGAUACUCUCAGUGUGGGGCUUCUACGGGCACGCACUUUGUUUGUUUGUCUUGUUUGUUUAUUCAUCGAUCGAUUGCAUGGCUACGGCUGCGGCUAAGGGUACGGCUACGGACAAUAAAUACUGUCUGUUUCCAGAUGAGUGCUAUGAUAGGU